GGGUCCUGACUGCUUAAACGGUGACGUCGCUUUACGCUGCAUGAAAACACGUCCGUUCCCCGGGAAGAAAGCUAGAGCCUGGGGAACAGUAAAGAGAAAAAUAGUGACCCAAGGGGGAAAGGGGAAGAGCCGUACACCUGGAAUACCAGGGUUACGUAAUUUCGAGUAUAUUAAAACGAGGAUCGAGGCGUGGGUGUGAAUCACAGCAACUUAUCAACUAUAUAUACACCCCGCUUCAUUCGAAUACACUGACAUUUACAUAUCUGUGCGUGGGACCAGUUAGUACGGUGCUUAUAUUUUAGCAACGGGGACCUUCAAGUGGACCUUAUUUGAAACCCCGUGUGGGGUAACGGUGCCACCAUUUCCGGGAUCGCGUCAGUGGUGAGAGUGGAGCGGGACGGGGGACUGAGGUGCGCGGGCAGUGGGACUGGUUCGGUGUCCAUAGACGGGUUGCUGGAGGACGGCAUGGCUGCGGGCAAAGGAAGCGGCAAGGCGUCGCUGCUCCAGAACGAGCGAGUUCGGCUCGCCGUUUGCUUCCUAGGAGUCUUCGUUUGUUAUUUCUAUUACGGGAUACUGCAGGAGACCAUUACUAGGGGCGACUACAGCUAUGGGAACAACAAGGAGAAGUUCAGAUUCGCCACCACCUUGGUCUUCAUCCAGUGCAUAAUCAAUGCUGUCUUUGCCCAGAUCUUGAUCCAUUUCUUCGAGGGCUCCAAAACCGACCACACCCAGAGCUGGCUCUAUGGAGCGUGUUCUCUCUCCUACCUGGGAGCCAUGGUGUCCAGUAACUCCGCUCUGCUGUACGUCAACUAUCCCACCCAGGUGCUGGGGAAGUCCUGUAAGCCCAUCCCAGUGAUGAUCCUGGGCGUGACCAUACUGAGGAAGAGGUACCCUCUGGCCAAGUACCUGUGCGUGCUGCUGAUCGUCAGCGGCGUGGCGCUCUUUCUCUACAAGCCCCAGAAGGGCGGUGCCAGUGCUACCGACCACGUCUUCGGCUUUGGGGAAAUGCUGCUGGUUUGUUCCCUGAUGCUGGACGGUCUGACAGGGGUGGCCCAGGACCACAUGCGUAAUCGCUUCCAGACUGGACCCAACCACAUGAUGCUGCACAUCAACCUCUGGUCCAUCCUCGUGCUGGGAAUCAGUGUACUGUGGACAGGGGAGAUCUGGGAUUUCCUCAGCUUUGCUGAGCGCUUCCCUAACAUCUACUACAACAUUCUGCUCUUUGGUGUCACCAGUGCCCUCGGCCAGACCUUCAUCUUCAUGACGGUGGUCUUCUUUGGUCCGCUCACCUGCUCCAUCAUCACCACCACACGCAAGUUCUUUACCAUUCUUGGGUCCGUCAUCCUCUUCGGCAAUGAGAUCAGCAGCCUGCAGUGGGUCGGCACCGUCCUCGUCUUUUUGGGUCUGGGACUGGAUGCAAAAUUUGGUAAAGGGCCCAAGAAAACUCCACACUGAGGAGUCUGGGAGAAUGUGCUCCUCUCAGCGUGAGCAGUACGGCGUUCGAGUGGACGGACACCCACUGUUUAAUGCUCCCUCCCCAUACCUGUCAUCCAGUGGGAUCCCCCACAAUCACCUAGCACUGCAGUCAUCUCCAGACCUCUUCCAAUGAAGGAUGAAGGGCUGUCCGCAGCUUUGCCCUCUACUUGAACUUAUGGAACAUUUGCAAUAGACAGUUGGGAACCCCCCCCCCCCCCACCCAUGUACUCCUCUUCUGCCAUGCAGUGGAACACCCUGCUCUGCUGGACAAAAUGUUUCCACAAAGUACUGCUGGGAGUCGAAGUCCAUAACCGGAAGUUUACAAGUAUGUUUAAACUAGCUCAGGACUUCGUCUCCCAUCAGCGUAUCCUUCCGACAUUUUUCUGGCUCCUCCUCUUCCCCCCCCCCUUAUUAAAUCAGUGCUUCAUUGCCUUUUGUGUCCGUUAGACAACUUUUGGUGCCCCGUUGUUAGCUGAACAGAAAGAAAAAUGUCUCAGAAAAUGUAAGGCAAUGUGCAUAAGGUAAUAAAAGUACAGGAUGUAUCAGCAGUCUUUGCACUUGCUUUACAUAUACUGCAUUUAUGUGCACCUCUUUUUAAGGAGAUUGAAGGUGGGAGGUUGAAUACAUUUUUUAGUAUUCUUUAUCAUCACAUUUCCUGAUUAUUCAUUUAAUUAUUUAUCCUUUCUGUUAUCCUGAGCAAUUUUUUUUUUGUAUUUUAACAAUGGAGCUAACUGGUCGGAAAAGGGAACUCUGUUUUAUAACCUGGUGUCUAUGUAUUACAGUUUUCUGAAUAAGUACCUUUUUUUUAUCAUUCAGAUUAUGCCAAAAAAGUGCGCGAUUGCCAGCAUCAGGGUACGUCGGCACUUAAAAAAGUAAAGCGAAAAUAAAAGUGAUUGGGUGACAUGUUGAA